AGUAUUUAAAGCGAUGCCGAAGCGCCCGCCGGACUCACAAAGGGGCAGAAAGUGGCCGCCGGUGCGGCUCCGUUCCCUGCUCUCUUGCGCCCUCUGCCGACCGGAGACGCAAACGCAAAAGAAGCACGUUUGGAGCAGACACAAAAGACCCUUCUUUCUCCCUGCAAGCCAUCUCGUAACACAUCUCACAACGACCCACUUUCCGUCGAGGAUGAAUAACCUCAGCGCUGAAAACCACCGCUUGAUGCUGAACGAUGGAAACCGCAUGCCCUUGGUUGGGCUGGGGACUUAUGCGGAUCCCAAACAGACACCCAAAGGCACUUGCGCACAAGCUGUGAAAAUAGCCAUUGAUGCAGGUUAUCGCCAUAUCGACGGUGCCUAUGUGUAUUACAACGAGCAUGAAGUGGGAGAGGCCAUCCGGGAGAAAAUCACUGAGGGAAAACUCAAGCGUGAAGACAUAUUUUAUUGUGGCAAAUUAUGGAACACGUGUCAUCCACCAGACCUGGUGCGUCCAACUCUGGAGAGGACACUGAAGACUUUACAGCUGGACUAUGUUGAUCUCUACAUCAUUGAACUGCCAAUGGCUUUUAAGCCUGGAGAGGUCAUCUAUCCUAUGGAUGAAAAUGGGAAAUGGCUGUACCAUGAGACAGACUUAUGUGCCACUUGGGAGGCUUUGGAAGCAUGUAAAGAUGCAGGGCUGACAAAAUCCAUUGGUGUGUCCAACUUUAACCGUCGGCAGCUGGAGAUGAUUCUGAACAAACCAGGUCUGAAGCACAAACCUGUUAGCAACCAGAUUGAGUGCCAUCCAUAUUUCACCCAAUCCAAACUUUUGGAUUUUUGCAGACAGCACAAGAUUGUCCUUGUUGGAUACAGCCCUUUAGGGACCUCAAGAGACGCAAGCUGGGUAAACGUGUCUUCGCCUCCACUCUUAGACGACCCUGUUCUGAAUGCCAUUGGCGAAAAAUAUAACAAGACAGCAGCUCAAGUCGCACUCCGCUUCAACAUACAGCGAGGGGUGGUGGUCAUUCCCAAAAGCUUCAAUCCAGAACGUAUUAGAGAAAAUUUCCAGAUCUUUGACUUUUGCCUCACCGAGAAAGAAAUGGAUGAAAUAGAAGCUCUGAAUAAAAAUAUCCGCUAUGUGGAGCUGUUGAUGUGGAAGGACCACCCUGAAUACCCAUUUCAUGAGGAAUACUAAAAAUAAGGAGCAAGCAAGUGUGUUUUUAAUCUGAGUAGUUAUGGUUUACUACUUAAAAAUUUUUUGUAUUUAGCAACAACAAUAUUUUACUCUUUCUCAAGAGUUCUUGGGAAAGUUGCUCUUUCUUUUUACCCCAACUCCCAGAAUCCCCCAACUACUGUGGUUCAAAGAAAAGUAGUGCUCCAGUCCUCAAAUGACUUCUUCCAUCAUGAAUGUGGACAACAAGACCCGGUUUCAGAAAUGCAUUGUUAUUCCAUUUUUCAAAAUGCAGCUAGAUUUUUAAGGAUCAUGAUUUACAUUUUUAUAUAGACUGCCAGAAUUGAUUUCACUGGAGAUCUGAAUAGCAGAAGAUCUUUUACUGGCUUUUUAAAAACUUGCUAUAGCUAACAAACAUUAAAGAAUAUUUCUGACUCAACCUCUGAUGAACCCUAAUGGUUGGAUGCAGAGUCAGGAAACAAUACAUGAGGAUGGCACUGAUUCAAAACAAAUCUGGAUGUGAAUUUUGGAAACAAUCUUUUUUCAAAAAAAACAAGCAAUCAUCAUCUAGAUCAGAAUGUUCCCUGAUCUUGGCACUCCUGCCCACAUUAUGCUGUUUGCAUAAAAAGGAAUCCUGGAGCAAUGCCAUCUUCUCCUUUAGAGCAAGGGUGAAGUACCUCCAGCCCUUGGAUCAAGACCAACCCUGUGUCUAGAUGCAUGUGCCCUUCUUCCCAUGAUACCUCUGCCCCAUAGCUUCCUCUCUCUGCUAAAAGGUUGGACUGUCUUUUCUAAGGCUUGGUUAACUAGCAGUAGGAGUUUCAAGGAAAAAUAUCCUAAUGUUUCUCACUAGUAUAUAGCCCCUGAGAAGUUCUCCUGAAGAAUGUCCCCCACUGUUGCUUCAAAAGUGAAGUCAGUAAUUAGUUGUGUGACCUCAGAAUAAUGUAGAGAUUGAGUAUUCCUUAUCUGGAAAUCCUGAAUUGUCCAGAUGGGUGGCUAAAAUAAUAUCUUUGUUUUCUAAUGGUUGAGUGUUCAUGCACAAACUUAUUAAAAUAUUGUAUAAAACUA